UGUCUCCCUAUGGACGCACCACAAAGAGAGAACCCAAGCCAGUCCGACCCUCCUUAUAUGCACCUAUGCAAGCAGCCUGUUGAGCCAACCAGCCUCAGAAGGACGAGAGGAUGAGCUACCAGCAGGUCCCUCCCAAGGACUCCUACCCUCCACCAGGAUACUCACAACCAUACCCACCUCCACCUCCACCAGGAUACUCACAACCAUACCCACCUCCACCACCAUAUGGAUCUCAACCUUAUCCACGACCUCCACCACCCCAAGGAGUCUACCCUCCCCCACCGCAAGGGCCCUAUCCCCCACCCCCACCGGGGUACCAGGGCUACUUCCAUGAUGGGUAUCCUCCUCCGCCUCCACCUCCGCCUCCUCCAUCUCGACCCUACUACCACAGCCAUGACGAUGAUGCUUCCUGCUUCUCCUUCAUACGUGGAUGCUUAGCUGCUCUUUGCUGCUGUUGCGUGUUGGAAGAGUGCUGCUUCUAAGAAGCCUUAAUGUGUGACAUGGAAAUAAUCUCCUUCUGCGUUGUUCUCUAUAAUUGCUACUGAUGUUGUCUAUUGCUGCUUACAGCUUAAGGUCUUUGGAGGUUGUGACACUACUCAACAGUGAAUGUUUUCCUCCUAUAUUUCUCAGCCUUAGUCUUUGGACUCUGUAUAAUAUAAGAUCUUUGGAACUUAUGUUUGUGUUGAUUGUAGCUAUUCAUCGCAUAAAAGCAUGCUAUGAUAAAUUUGAAAUGCUUAUAGACAUUAUGCUAUUGAUAAUUCACUAGU